AUGACGACGCUCACUCCAAACAUCACACCCAUUCGAGCAUUUGAAGAUCACGGGGAUCGCGUAGUCGCAGUUGCAGUUUUUCGCAGCGAUGAACGCAUGGUCACAGGCUCUUAUGAUGGGAUGCUUCGUCUGUGGGACUUGGAAACAGGUGUAGUGUUGAAGAAGAUGAAGGGGCAUCGCAGUCGGGUGCGGGCAGUGGCCGUUUCACUAGAUGGGAAAUGGAUAGCAAGCGGUGAUGAGAGCGGCGAGCUCAUCGCCUGGCAUGCAAACACUGGGGAACUCGGCCAAACAAUUAACAAAGCCCACGACGGCUGGAUAUUUUCGCUUGAUUUUUCUCCAGACUCCACGGCGCUGGCCAGUGGAUCAUCUGACACCACUACGAAAAUAUGGAAGACAUCAAGUUGGACGCAGUCCGAUUAUUUACCCAACUGUGGUGGAAUUGUCCGCUGUGUUCGGUAUUCAGCACAUGGAUGUCUUGCGAUUGCAACAAACAACCAUAUUCGAAUUCACCAAAGCUACAAUUAUUCCAAUGUAUACCCGUGUCUGAGAACAAUCGGCGGAGGAUUCGACUGCUCACUCGCAUGGACACCAGAUUGCAAAAGGCUUCUCUCGGGAGGCAACGGGGCAGAUCCCACCAUACGAGAGUGGGAUACAUCGACCUGGCAGCAGGCCGGUGGUCCCUGGAAGGGCUAUUUCAAGAAUAUCCACGCCAUUUCUCUGAACUCUAGCGGCACUCUCCUUGCCUCCGCAUCUCAUGACAAUCGUGUCUGCCUAUGGCGACUCUCAGAUCAACGAAACAUUGCCAUAUUCAAGCACUCUGGAGAGGUGAACUGCGUCACGUUCUCUGCUAAUGGCAAGCGCAUCCUCAGUGGAGGUGUGGAUAAAAAGAUCUCAGAGUGGCCAACAUCCGAGGAUGCUUUGCCAGAGGACGGUCCAAAGGGUGGUCUCAUGAAGGAGCAAGCGACACGCCAAAUCCUCGCUAUGAACUCGACAGUCCGCAACGCAUGCAUAGCUGGGGAUUGGCCUACUGCUGAAAAGGCACUCAAUAUAGAUAUUGAGGCUGAUGCCAAUGAUCACACCGCCUAUGCCAAUCGUGCAUUUGUUAUGGCGCGCAAAUCCGACUGGAACCAAGCACUUCAAGACGCAAUUCAGUCCCUCAGCAUUCAGCCAUCAUUGGCAGGCCAUAUCUCCGAGGGCAUUGCCCUAUGCGGAAAAAAGCAGGUUCUGGCCGCGAGGAUAUCAUUCGACCUCGCAUCUAUGUUCACGAACCGAGAAUUAAAGACCGACCACUUCCUUUUCUUGAUCAAGGCAGAAGCAAUACUUCGCAUCCGAGAGCUAGCUGCGUGUCCCAACGUUGAUCUUGUUGCUUGCUAUAUCGUGGAAGCCUACCUACGUGUUCAACUGGGAAAGAUGGCCUUGGACAGUACGCGCCAUAAUGAAGCUAUUGAACAUUUUACUGCCGCUGCCAAUGCUAGCACUUUCUUCUACAAAUCGUCAAUUCAUUUGACGUAUGAUGAAUUUGCCGUCCUCUUUGGCUGGAACCUCAAGUCCUUGUGGCAAACUGCAAACCAGCAACAGUGUUAUGCACUCUUUCGAGCAGGUAGUUUUAAAGCAGCCAUCGAAUCGUAUCAGUCCAUCAUGGAUAAGAUUGAUGACGAUAUGAAGGUCGGCUUACGUGCUUGGUUUGCUGAACCAUGGUUCGAACCGGACUUUUGGUCCGGUUCUCCGCGGUUCGGUCCAUGGUUCUUGCGCCAGCCAGAACCGGACCGGAAAACGGUUCUCGGUUCUAGAUCUUCCCAAACGGUCCAGUUCUGGUUCGGCCUUCCCGAACCAUUCCGAACCCUUAUCGACUUCAACUUCGACAACACCUGCCUCGACGUCAGACUGUCGUCUUCGGGAUUCACAUUGUUGAUUAAUCAAGCUACAUUUAGCCUUUUUGAAGGUAUACCAGAAGUUCUAUUCAUUGAGGACCGGCUACAACACUGCGCAAGACUACCUUUUACUGGAGGUGGAUAUGUUAGGCGCGGUCAAGGUGGAUUUUGGAGGGAUUGUGUCUUGCGCUAUGCUGCAGAGGUGCGGCCAGCACCCAUCGCUACCAGCGCACAACCCAUCACACGCCACGCCACCUGCGCCUAUGUUGAUGCCCGCCACCUCACUGCAUCCCCUCUCACUCGCUUGCUGUUCUUGCCGGCUGGCUUUUGCUGGCUCGCUUGCCAUGUCUCACUCGCCCACUGUCUCUCACCCUCUGUCUCUCGCCCGUUGUCUCUCACCCCGCUGGACGCGACCCAAUCUUUCAAUACGAUGAGAGUUUUUGGAGGCUUUGCGCAUCGCGCGAUUGAGGACAUCAUUUGGAAGAACUACCAUCAUUUUCGUCCUCUCACCUUUGGGUUUGACGCUUGUGCUUCAGGGCUAUCGCAAACAAUCCUGAAGUCUUCCCCGAACCACACAGGUUUAAUCCUCAGCGUUGGAUUGACGAUGCAGGUUGCGCGCGAUAAUCUCCGGUUGAUCUCCGGUUUUUCACUUUUGGCUUUGGCCGUCGAGUGUGUCCUCACGAAUUGGUCAGUCUUCAUCAAUACGGCUCUCAUCAUGUGGGCUUUCCACUUUUCGGAGAAUCCUGCGGCCACCAGCAUCACAAUUUUUUCUGAAGCGCCGGCCACGUCAGCAUCUUCAGCAGCUACAGAGGCAGAGGGGUAUGGAGUCAUCAUUAGAUCACAUAAAAGAGCAACCCUCGGUGAUCUACUCAAUUCUGAUACAACUUGUCUAUCUCCUGCCUUGUAUCACAAUUCACUGGUAUCGCCUAGCUCACAAAGACCUCCGCCUAAGUUCCUCGAAGCACUAGACCCAACGGCUACCAUCAAAGAUCGCGCAUACCAGGUAAUAAUCCAAUUCGUCCCACUAACCUUCAAUCCAGGAAACCCAGAACACAUCGACAACCUUGAACAAGAGAACAACUGGAGCCAAGGUGUUCUAACAUCUGCACGCUGGGUCAAGCCCCCAGAAAAAUGCAACAACACCCAAAGGGUCGCUCACAUCAUGGCAUCAUUCAAUGACCCGAAUGUAGCUAACACUAGCAUCCGAGAUGGCAUUACUCUCAACAAAUACCGCCUCCAAGUCAAGAAGAACAAACGUGAACCCAUACGAUGCGCGAAAUGCCAACACUAUGAACUAGCGAAUGCACGGACAAAUCAAGCACGGUAUGCACUUCCUGUCAAUCUGAAGACCACACAAGCUGGGACCGAUCCUGCCCAACAUUCAUCCGCAAAUGCGCAGACCUCGACGCCAGACAAUCUGAAAACACAAUGCCCUACUUCCCUACCGACGACACAUGGACUCAAGUUCAAGCACCCUCCAAAGCCAAACCGUUCAUCAGGAAGGAACCCACACCGGAAUAUUCGGAACCCUCUCAACACACGCAAGACACGCUCAAGAGACACUUUCCCCCCAGAGGAAGCCGUAACACCAGAGGCUCAUACCUAA